UUGGCUAGAAGAACGAAGACGAGCUAAAAGAAGCGUGGCGCUUCAUUUCAGUUCUGAGAGAAUGAUUGACGUGAGGAGGGGCGGGGCCAGAAAUGAUGUCAAUCAUGUUAUGUUGACGUACAGACUCGCGGUCUCAUCACACGCGACGCCGCUGCUCCAGGUGAACGCUGAACGCAGAGUGCUGAGGACAACGUAAACAAGUCUCGUUUAGAUUGUGUGUGUCCAUGCAUGUGUGAGGUGUUCUGGGGUCAGGAUGGACGUGGAGGAGACCGAUGCAGGUCAGAUGGAGACAGUGGCCCCAGAAGAAGAGCCACCAGCUCCCAAACGCAGCAGAGGACGACCUCGCAAACAACCACAGGAGCCUGUUGAGCCCUCAGCUCCUAAGAGGCCGAGAGGAAGACCAAGAGGCAGUAAAAAUAAAGGCCAGCGGGUCACAGCUAAACUUGAGCCACUGAGAGAACGAAGACCUCGAGGUAGACCACGAAAAUGGCCUCAGAAGACCAUUCCUCAGGAAGAACAGCAGACUGGUGAAGGGGCGGAGUCAACAGAAGACCCGCCCACUCAGACUCCGCCUGCUGCGUUGACAUCACAGGAGAGCGACUAGAACUACCUCACUGAUGAUGACUUUGAUACUUCAUCAGGGGUAACUCUCCAUCUAAUCUGCCUUCAUGUACACUGUAAAAAAUGAAAACGUGCCAGUGC